AUGGAGGCUCAAACAAAGUAUCACGGGUACUGCCAUUGCGGGGCCCUACGAUUCGAUCUGACCGUCCCAGAAAUCAAGUCGGCCAUCGCAUGCGAUUGCAGCCUGUGCCGAAAGAAGGGAUAUAUGUGGAUUGUUCCCCCCGCUGGAUCAUACAAAGUGACUCGGGACGAUGGUCUAUUGGAGACGUACGAGUCUGAUUCUCUAAGACACAAGUUCUGCUCAAAAUGCUCAACCGGUAUCACGGGUGAACAUCUCACCGGGCCAAUGACGGGUCAAACGGUAGUGAAUCUACUUGCCGUCCGAGAGAUCAACCCUUUUCAACUAGAGUCAAACACAACCACCAUCCACGUAGACGAACCACAACGAACUCUCACGCCUCUCUUCCCUUCUGCCCCAGAACCACACCACAUCUUCUCCUGCCACUGCGGCCAAGUGCAAUUCGAGCUCCUGACGCCCAUCUCCGAACAAGACGUCAAACAAGACAACUGCAGCUCCUGCAUAAGGAAGGCCUACAUAGGCGUAUACCCCACCAAAGACCAGGUCCGUAUCCACGGCAAAGAACACACCACGUCGUACGUAUACGGCAAAAAGUACGGCAUCGAUCACCAUUGCAGUAAGUGCGGUGUAUUUACGUUUGCGACGGUGCUGGGCCCGCCGCUGAGUGUGUUUGACAAUGUGCCGCCUGAGAGGAAGGAACGUGUCAUGGCGGUGUAUCAUAAGAAUAUGAGCAUGUUGCCGUUGAAUGUGCGGUGUAUGGAGGGAUUGGAUGUUUCUAGCUUGAGGAUUGAGAAGGUUGAUUAUGGGGAGGAGGAUUAUGAGCUGCCCGAAGAAGAGAUGAAUAAACAAUAG